GCUGGAGUAUUAUGGUCUGUCGGGAAUUCAGAGUGGCUGUGCUAGCGUUAGCGUGCGCCGAGCUAGCGGGAGGAGCAGCGGAGUAAACAUGGAGCUGUCCGCCGUCGGGGAGCGGGUGUUCGCGGCCGAGUCCAUCAUCAAACGCCGGAUCAGGAAGGGUCGGCUCGAGUACCUCGUGAAAUGGAAGGGGUGGUCUCCCAAGUACAGCACCUGGGAGCCGGAGGAGAACAUCUUGGAUCAGCGCUUGUUCGUGGCUUUUGAGCAGAGGGAGCGUGAAAGAGAGCUGUACGGGCCCAAAAAGAGAGGCCCGAAGCCCAAAACGUUUCUGCUCAAGGCCCAGGCCAAAGUCAGAGCCAAGUCGUACGAGUUCCGGAGCGACGCGGUCCGAGGGAUGCACAUCAGCUACCCGACGCCGGAGCCCGUGGCCACGCCCCGGGCCAGGGAGGGCCUGAGGGCCGUGGUCCCCACCAUCUUCCCCCCCAGCACCGUCAACCGGGGGGAGAGCGUCCGCGUCCGGACGCCGGACUGGAGUCCCCGGGAGUCCCCGCUCCGUCACGCCGACCCGGACGAGCUCCCCCACUCGCCCAAGAAGAGAGGCCCCAAGCCCAGGGCCCGCUUCCUGGACUCCUCCGAGGCCCACAGGAGGUGGGCGGAGGAGCCGGCGAGCCACGGCGCUCACAAGCUGGCCAAGCUGCAGGGCGCCGAAGACAUGAGGAAGUUUUCCCACAGACACCCAGACAACUACAGGCACCACCACCAGCACCACCAGCACCACACACACGGCCGGGUGCUGCCAAAGCAGCUGUACUCGGACCGCCUGCAGCCACACCGGACAGACCCCGACCCCCACCGGACUCCGGACGGCCCCGGAUACCUGGCACCCGCACACUUCAAGCACCACUCCAGACCGGGGCCGGGGCCGGGGCCGGGUCCGGGCCCCAGCCGCCCCGCCGGACUCCCCCUCAUGGAGAAGCCUUACUUCCUGGACAGACCGUCCCCGACCCGGCUGGACGACGACCCGGACGAGGUGACGUGGAGACCGUCCCUCGGGAACGUGGAGAAGGUUCUGGUGACGGACGUGACCAGCAACUUCCUGACGGUCACCAUCAAGGAGAGCAGCACGUCCAAGGGCUUCUUCAGGGAGAAGAGAUGAUGGGCUGGGACCGUCCGGGGGCCGUCCGGGGCCGUCUGGGGGCCGUCCAGAGGCCAUCUGGGGGCUGUCCGGGGCCGUCUGGGGGCCGUCCGGGGCCGUCCGGGGCCGUCCGGGGCCGUCUGGGGGCCGUCCAGAGGCCAUCUGGGGGCUGUCCGGGGCCGUCUGGGGGCCGUCCGGGAAAGUCUGGGGGUGUCCAGGACUGCUGCUCUGCAGAGGCUUCUAUAUGUCAUGUACAAAGAAAGGUCCAUAAUGUGUACAUAUUCUAUAAAGUGGGACUUUUAUUUAAUGUGCUGACCAAAUCAAAUGAAGUCCGUGUGGCGUCCGGCCGGUUGGCAGGCGGCGACUUUCUGUACAGACUUUGUGAAUUUCACUAUUUUGCAAACCCAACUAACGAGAAUGUAUUUUUCUUCCCUCUGAUCCCUCCUGAGCUCAGGCACUGAACCAGAAGACGCAAAGCCAGUCUUGGAUUGAGAGCUUCUCUCAUUUGAACUGAUUAGACUUACAAGUCCUGUUCAAUCUGAUGGGAAUCCUAUUUAAAGAUAAAUAAAUAAACUAAAGCACUUUGAAUUCAGAAGUAUUAAAACAGAUGUCUAACAUUUCUAAACUAAAUUUAUUCAACGCUUUCCUUCCCAGAGGUGCAUUUAAUGACAUCUUUCCAGUUAACAUAGUUUGUUUGGCGUUUAAUGAAGCUUCCAUGUAAGAAGAGAAGAAGUUGGUGUCAAAUUGCUUUUUAGAGCUUUUCAAUAAAACAUUUGAAGUUU